UAAACAAAAUUGACUACUAUGGCUAUUAAAAUAUGCCAUGAACCAGGCUGUUUUGUUUAAUCAACAAAUAUUUCCUAGUCAACCAUGAUUGUGGAGAGUUACUAUAUAAAUGAGCUUCUAUCAUCUUUAUCAUGCAAGUCACUACACACCAAUAAGUUGUAGAUCUAAAGAAACUAAGAGUUGCUGGAAAUGAGAGGCCAAGGACAGCUGAGGCAUUGGCCUCGACUAGUUUUUGCUAUGGCAAUUUGCUUCAUAGCCACUAGUGUUGUUGCUGACUACAACAAGCCUUAUGUUUAUGCUUCUCCCCCACCACCAAAGAAGGAUGCACACUCUCCUCCUUAUCUUUACAAGUCUCCUCCACCGCCACCAAAGCAUGUUAUCGACCCACCGUACCACUACAAAUCCCCACCUCCACCAUCUCCUUCACCACCACCUCCUUAUGUUUACAAGUCUCCACCUCCACCAAAGCAUGUAAGCCACCCACCUUAUGUCUACAAGUCCCCUCCUCCGCCAUCCCCAUCACCACCACCUCCAUAUGUUUACAAGUCUCCUCCUCCUCCAGUUCACUCGCCACCACCUCCUUAUAUCUAUAAGUCUCCACCUCCUCCAUCUCCUUCACCGCCUCCCCCCUAUGUCUACAAGUCUCCUCCUCCACCAAUUCACUCACCACCACCUCCUUACAUCUACAAGUCUCCUCCUCCACCAGUCCACUCACCCCCACCUCCUUACAUCUACAAAUCUCCACCUCCACCCAAGCAUGUAAGCCACCCACCAUAUGUUUACAAGUCUCCGCCUCCACCAUCUCCAUCACCACCUCCUCCUUACAUCUACAAGUCUCCACCACCACCAUCCCCAUCACCACCACCUUCAUACAUCUACAAAUCCCCACCACCGCCAAUUCACUCACCACCGCCUCCUUAUAUUUACAAGUCCCCACCUCCACCGGUUCACUCACCGCCACCUCCUUACAUCUACAAAUCUCCUCCACCUCCAUCAAAGAUAGUGCAUCGUCCUUUAGACUCAUACAAAUCUCCUUCACCCCCAGCGUAUUACUAUAGAUCACCACCACCACCGUCUCACAAGCUAUCUCGCAAGCCAUACGAAUAGAGUUCACCUCUACCUCCUAAAUACUACUAAGUUUACCGUGGUUAUAACUUCAAAUUUAGAACUUUAAUACUAUGCAUUCUUUUAUGCACGUUUGAGUUUGAAGAAAUUUUCCACAUUUGUCUGCGUAUCUAAUAAUUUUGUUUAUUUGAUGUACUUUUUUUUGGACAAUAAUUAAGAGUGUGAGUUCCUUUGAGAGAAGCAUUGCUAAUUGUAUUAUUUCUUUUUAUGGAAUGAAACCAAUAAUAAUUUGAUCUUA